ACAGCUAAAAACUCCUUUGCUUCCUUCUAAAGAUAUUCUUCAUUUAACAAGACUGCCAUUGCUCCUCCCAUGCAAUACCUAUAUAUAACUCCUCAAUUAUAAGUUACAAGUUAGAGCCCUCAGACAUAUUCUUUCAUAGGAACCAUGAAAAACUGCCCCACAGCACUACUUAUCUUCUUCAUUGGGUUUGUUUCCUCAAGUCUGUUUCAAGUUUCAGUUGCAUCUAUUGUUUCAACAGGAGAUUUCAAUAAGGACUUCUUUCUGAUAUGGUCUCCUACCCAUGUGAACACGUCUGCUGAUGGACAUGCAAGAAGCUUGAAACUGGACCAAGAAUCUGGAUCUGGUUUUGCGUCAAACCAGAUGUUUUUAUUUGGGCAAAUUGACAUGCAAAUCAAACUAGUGCCAGGUGAUUCUGCAGGCACUGUCCUGGCCUAUUAUCUUACCUCUGAUCAACCUAAUCGAGAUGAGAUAGACUUUGAGUUUCUUGGCAAUGUCUCUGGGCAGCCAUAUAUUCUACAAACAAAUAUUUUCGCAGAUGGAACUGACAAUCGAGAGGAGAGGAUUUAUCUGUGGUUUGAUCCAACAAAGGACUUCCAUACUUAUUCGGUGUUGUGGAAUAUGCACCAGAUUGUGUUAAUGGUGGAUAUGAUUCCUAUAAGAGUUUAUAGAAACCAUGCGGACAAGGGUGUGGCAUUUCCUAGAUGGCAGCCAAUGAGUCUGAAAGCAACCUUGUGGAAUGGUGAUAGCUGGGCAACACGAGGUGGCCAAGAUAAGAUUGAUUGGACAAAGGGUCCCUUCAUAGCUUCAUUCAGAAAUUACAAGAUUGAUGCUUGUGUGUGGAAAGGGAACCCAAGGUUUUGCAGAGCAGCUAGCCCUACCAAUUGGUGGAACCAAUACAGCUCUAGCACACUUACGUCCACACAAAGAAGGUGGUUCAAAUGGGUCAGGAAAUACCACAUGAUUUAUGAUUACUGCCAAGACAAUGAGAGGUUCCAAAACAAUCUUCCAAGGGAAUGCUCUCUUCUCAAGUAUUGAUCAGAAAUGAGGAUGAUUGCUUCGGUUUAUAUUUUUUUUUUCUCCUCUCGGUUUUAGUUUCAGAUGUGUUGUUACAAUUGUCUUAUGUUUGAUGCCACAAAGUUAAAAGCUAGCUUUCAUUUGCUGAGUAUAAUCAUUUGUUAGCCUUCGAAGUAAAGGGUUCAAUCAUAAAGCUGAAAUGUCUUGGGUGUGUUAGGAAAGGUUUUUACUUUUUAGGCCUUAUGUAGUUAGUUGUCAAGAAAAUUUAAUUCACAGAUGUGAGUUAUUAUUAAUUAUCCGAAUAUAUAAAAUAAACUU